UUGCUUGUACACAAAUAUUUAACAAUCAUAUUAAAUUGCUUUAUACAAAAUUUAACGGUUGUUGUAACAUAUAAAUUAUCAUUGGCGUUUUAAUAAGUAGCAUGCAUACAUAAUUUAUUUCCUUAUUUAGCUGAAUCAAGAAACCUUUAUGAGUGAGGGGACUGGCUUGCAGACUUUUACAAAGUCAAUUUUGAGGCAAGUAUUCGAAGAAGAGAAAGGGAAACUCGAAAAGGACCUUGCAGAGGAAAUAUGCCUCAAGGCAGCACACAUAAUACUGAAGGAUGGUACAGAGCCAUUCAUGAUGGAUGCAUAUGACCCACGCCAGGUACAGAUCAAAGCAGCGAUUUUCCUCAAAAGUAUAAGGAAGAGAUUCGAAGAAGAACUCAGAAAAAAUCCUGACAUAAAAUUGAACAUCUUUAAUGAAAUGAUGGCAGCAGAAAAGACUGACAAGAAAAACGAAGAAGCAGCAAUAACUGUUCAGUCUUUUAUUCGUAAAUGUAUUGACCAAAAGAGGUAUAAGAAAUUGAAGAAGUCAGCGCGGAUUAUACAGAGUCGCUUUAGAGCAUGCCAUACCAUGAAAGAAACCCAAAAGAAAUACCUUGAUCUGAAAGCAGCAGCUGUGACUAUACAGGCCUGUUAUAGAGGCAAGCGAGUCAGAGGCCUCUACCAAAAACUCAGAACUUCUACUGUACUGCUUCAGGCUGUAUUCAGAGGGUUCCUGGUCAGAAAGCAGUUAAAGGAACGCCGUGCUCUCAUCAAACAGGAAGCAGCAAUUACCGCUCAAUCUUAUGUGCGUCAAUGUAUCGACCAAAAGAGGUAUAGAAAAGUGAAGAAGUCAGCGCGGAUUAUACAGAGUCGCUUUAGAGCUUGCCAUACCAUGAAAGAGACCCGAAAGAAAUACCAUGAUAUGAAAGCAGCUGCUGUGACUAUACAGACCAGUUAUAGAGGCAAGCGAGUCAGAGGCCUCUACCAAAAAAUCAGAACUUCUACUGUUCUUCUUCAGGCUGUAUUUAGAGGGUUCCUGGUCAGAAAGCAGUUAAAGGAACGCCGUGCCCUCAUCAAAUAG